GUGAUAAACAACCUUAGUUUUUACUUAAAUUUAUGAAAAUAUAAACAUGGCCUUUGAUAAUGCACAUAUUUCUGAAACUAUUGGUCGAUCUGAUGUUAAAACUUUACAAUCCUUGUGGAAUUCAAGUGAUUUUGACACUGUGUUUGGUUCCUCUCACUGGACUAGAAUUACUGUUGCCGAUGGAGCUAGUUAUGACAAAGAAGACGUUUUAAAAGCUGUUUAUUUCUCUGUUCACCCAGUAGAAGUUUUUCCAUGUUUGUACCAGAUUGAUGGACCUGAUUCCUUCUUCCUGGUGAGAAAUUGCUCUCUAUUUAUUAGAAAAAUUGCUCUCAAUAAUCUUCAAGCCACUGAUAUUUAUGGAAAAAUUAGAUUUCAGCUUACUGUCACAACAUUCUAUCUGUCAACAAAUCUUGAGCCAUUGAAUCCGCAGUUUCAGCUCAGAGAAACGUUGAAGAAGCGAACCAGCAAUGAUCAUAACACUAUAGAUCUUACUAAUUUAUCACAAGAUAAAUUUUUGAAAGAUGUCUUUUUUACACUGACGGUUCCACAGUGCAUGCAUUCAGUGAUGAAUUUGAUUAAAAAUAAAUAUAACAAAUCUAUGACCAAGCCUUCAACAUUAAUACUUCAACAUAACAAUUUAUCUACUUUGGAUAAUGUUGAUUUUAGAUCUUCUUAUAUAAAAAACAUUGAUCUGAGGUAUAACAAUUUGACCUGGGAUGCAUUUCAAAGGAUACCAAUGGUUAGAAUCGAAUCAUUAUGGCUUGAUGGAAAUCCAUUGUGUUCUGGAAUAACUGGAUCGGAAUACGUUUCUAAAGUUGUUGCCAUAUUUGAUCAACUGAAAAAGCUGGAUGGAAUUGAUAUUUCUCAAACUUUCAUGGCUGCUGAUAAGGACAAAAAGAUAGCUUUGAUCAAGAAUUAUAUAUGUGAUACUUCAUGGUCAAACUUCGUAGACCAUUUCUGUCACCACUAUUUCGGCUUGAUGGAAAGCCCCAAUAGGCACCAAUUGGGUAGAAUGUAUCAUCAAAGGGCUACGUUCAGCUUCUCCGCCUUUAAUAGCUCUGGUACAGAAUGUGAGUGGAAUAGACUGUCAAAAUAUCUAGUAUACUCUAGAAAUCUAUUGACUUUAUCGGACAUAACCAAAGCCUAUACAAGUUUAAUAGUUGGACCUGAAGAAAUAGUAAAAAUCAUUAACUCAUUUCCUGUUGUUCAGUAUGAUCCAUUUUCCUUUACAAUUGAAGUUCCAAUUGCUCACAAAGAUAUGGUAAUGAUAAAUAUAUCGGGAAUAUUUCAAGAAUUGGAUUCUGGUUUAUAUUCUUUCAAUAGGUCAUUUGUCCUAACACCACACAGAAAAAAUGAUGGAGAAUGGAGAAUAUCAAACGAUAUGAUGUAUUUAAUGAUUGCUUCUCAAGAACAGAUAGAGAGGAGCUUUACUAAAGUCAGGACUGGAUUAACUGGUCAGUUUAAACUUGUUCUGAAUCCCUCAACUAAUGAUAAAGAUGCUCUUAUUCCUGCCAUGUGUGAAUUGACAAAAUUGACCAAGGAAUGGUCAGUGAGACUACUUGAGGAAGCAUCAUGGGAUUUGGAAAGGGCCCUACAAGCAUUCAUCGAUGAACUGAAAGCAAAUCAGAUCCCUAUGAUAGCGUUCAGUGUAUAACAGUAGACUUUUCAAGUUUUAAUCUUUCUUCUUUUUCUUGUUUAAUAUUAUGAAGUAUUAUUUUAUUAUUUACAUUUUAA